CGAGCCCUCGCCCCAGCCGUCAUGCAGCCGCCCGCCGAGGACACGUGACGCCGCGUCGUGCGACCAGCGCCUGCCGCCAGUUCCUGCUGGAGCUGCUGAUCAGCAACCAGUACACGAGCAUCAUUACGUGGACGAACAACGACGGCGAGUUCAAGCUGGUGAACGCUGAGGAGGUGGCGCGCCUGUGGGGGUUGCGCAAGAACAAGACCAACAUGAACUACGACAAGCUGAGCCGUGCGCUGCGCUACUACUACGACAAGAACAUCAUCAAGAAGGUGCUCGGCCAGAAGUUUGUGUACAGAUUUGUUUCAUUUCCUGAGAUCGUCAAAAUGGAAAGCAAGAUUCCAUUUAAAGUGAAGAUGGAAAGUCUUCAAAAGUCCCCUGGUAUAUUCACUGGGAAGUUUUUCUGUAGGCCUGCUUCAACAAAUUCGAACUUCAGUUCUUUUGCUUCAAGAACAGCCGCAGCCGCACUAGCAGAGCUCCGCCAGCCAUUCUUCUUCCCGGAGUCGUACCUGGACACGUGGAAGAAGUUCCCGCUGCCGUUCGCGCUGGCCGACCAGGAGAGCGCGCGCUUCGCCGCGGCCUACAAGGCCCUGCCGCGCAGAGCCGCGCCCAAGCCCUUCCACUUGUGGGGCGCCGCGGGGGCGCUAUCGUGCGCGCCCUACCCAGGCUUCCACUGCCCCUUCUCGCCGCAGCCCGGCGCGCCCGUGCAGCCGCCCGCGCCCAAGAUGCUGUGAACCACCGCGUCACCUACCUUAUUUAUUGUAGCUUAGUGGCCACUUGCUGGUGUGUAGCAUCUUAGCUAGUGAACGGAAACUGUACAGUAUUCACUUCUGAAAGCGUUUUAACAAGAUGGGCGGUAUCUUAAUAAAAUGCCUUUUCGAAAAUCAGGUCUAAAGCCGGGGUUUGGUAUUUUUUCAAAUCUUUUUUCGCUUUUAUUGGGGCUCUGCAAAUCUAAUGAUUCGAUAGUCCACGUAGCUGCUCCGGCAACACAUUCUAGCGGCGCGUGCGGAAAUUACGUGUGAUUCACGUCAAGAAAUGUAGUUGAAAAAACAUUUUUUUUGUAUUUAUCACAUUCGGGAUUAUUUUAAAGAAUUCCACGUAAAACUUUUUUAAAAUCAUUUUUUAAAAUUUGUAUUUCAGUUUAUUUUACAUGUUUGAAAUUCACUUCCUGUUAAGUGACAGCCGGUGAGCUGUCGCCAACAGUGUUGCCUGUCACUUCAGACUGUACCAGGUUUCUAGAAACAUGCUAAGUAUCAGCCCACUCGUCGCUAGUAACUGGUUGCUGGUGCAUGCUGCAAGAUUGUACCCACACAUGUUUGCCACACUUCACCAGUCAUCACUGCCACUGUUGCAAGUGACCACAUAUUAGGAAAAGUGGUUAUAUGUUUUAACUCUUUCUUCACUGAAAGAAUACACUUAGCAAGAAUUCUUAAGUGUUUAGAUUACCUGGAAUGCACUAAACUUGUCAACUUUCAAGCUCUAGAGUAAAUCCCUAUAUGAAAAAAGGCAGGCAAUAAAACUUUUUGUUUGACUAAUUGUUCAUUCACUAACCGUCAAUAUCCUGUGUUUCCACAGCUUGAUACUGCAUAUAACUUGGCUAUAAUAGUCUCAUUUUCAAAAUAUUUCUCCAUUUACAUCUGGAGAUAGCACAUUAUCAUUAAUCCAACAUUCUGGGCGACACUGAUUUAUAAAUAGUUGAUGUAAUUAGAAAAAUGAGCACAAAAAAACAAUAGAGCAGUUUUACAGUAAUCAAACUUCAGUACCAGAACUAGGGUAGACCGGGGGAAAUCGGGUCAAUUUUUUGAAAUUCCUGAAUAAGUAUAAAACCAAUAUUAAUUUACCAUAAAAUAAUCUACAGUAAUAUCAGUCAUGCAUUUAUGUACAUAUUUACAUACAAACCUUAGCCAAUCUUCCUUACGAAUUGACAUUAAACUUGAUCAAAGGAAAAUGAAAUGUUUUGACCCGAUUUGGACAGAAGUGGGGUAAAUCGGAUCACAAGUGGGGCAAAUCGGAUCAACAGAUUUUCUUUAUUGUUUUGACAGACACAUUCCGCAUAUAAACUGUUUACACUGAAAAGCAUUGACACAGCGCUCAUGGUACCACAUUUUGCAAUACUGGCACUGAAUCCAGUCUCCAGCAGUGCAGCUUCUGAUGUCUUUGUAUGCAAUUUUGCACAUGUUGCAGAGAACAUCUGCCUCAUCAUCCUGGCCUUCUUCCAAAAUUUCCAACUCGGAUGUGUUUUUAGUUUUUGUUCGCUUCUUCGUCUUCAGAGCUUCAAUUUUGCUUUGCUUUGAACUUAAUUUAACACCUGCUUCUUGCUUUUCAAUUUCCUGGAUUCCAACAAUGUGCGAUUCUAUUUUGACAGUAGCCUUAGAGAAGCAACAGUUUUUCGUUCACCUAUUCUCUUUGGUGUUAAUUUUUCCGGUGUUGGUAACAGGCAUCUCACUUCUUCUGUGGUGCUCCUUCCACUUACAUCUUUGGCAGUGAACUCGUAAUUCUAUAUUUACAUGGAUAAUAUUUUCAUUAUUUUAACAUGUACUAAACUUCAAUAUUAUUAAAAGUACUUACCAAUUUUAACUAAAGUUGAAGUCAUGUACCUUAAAUUCAUUUUUCCCACUUAUUUAGAAUAGGUCUUAACUUAAAAAUUGAGAAAGAAGAAUAAAGUGCUUCACAAUAUAUAGAAAAUAUAUGAAGCGACCCAAUUUCCCCACUGUAUGCAGUGACUCGUUUUACCCCAACGGCAGUGACCCGAGUUACCCCAUUUCGCACUUUUAAAAAAAGAAAAAUAUUAUAAAAUCUGUCAAACAUAUAGAGCUUCAGUAAUGCAGAAGAAUGUUAAUUGGGUACAUAUUUUCGUACUCCAUUACUUAAACUACAAUACUAUUUCAAAAUGCGAACGUAAAAGCUUAUUUGAAACAAAAUAAAACUUACAUUUUAAGAAUUUUCCACUUCAGGACUACACAGGUUCGGGUUCAUGUCGCACAGACUACCAGAAUGUUGUUACAGACGAUGUUCGCCUUGUAGUGGAGGUUGCAUAGACAGAUAGCAGCACUCUUUGGUAGGUUCCGUAGACUCCAGUUCAUUCUUUCGCCACAAGACAGCAGAUCUUGUUACGAUGACCCGGUUUACCCCGUGACCCGAUUUCCCCCGGUCUACCCUAUACUACUAUAACUGUAGUAUUUGCACUAGAAUUUACAGCUGUGUACUAAAGUACUAUCAGUAAUUUAUUAUAAUACACAAAGAAAACUAUUUUUGAAGUGAACUGUACUAUAGUAACAAUUUAUGUACUAUAAUUUAAGCUUUGAGCUCUUUAAACAUUAAAAAAAAAAUAAUUUUUACAUUAUACCACAAGUACAUUUGGCUGAGAUCUUCCUGUGACGAUGUGACUGAGUAUCCUUCACUUGAACUUCACUCGCGCACACGCUGUGAGAAUAGAGAAAACUAAUGAUGAUAACUUAGAUGAUUUGUUCUCUUGGAAUGUAUUUCGAGCCAGGCAGAGCUUACUAUUUUUUAAGUUUCACUCUCAAUUAUUCAGGUCUUAAGGUUUACAAUUAUUUUUUUGUUAUCAUUGAAUGCAUCUAUCUGUAUUGAUUACGUAUGAUCUAAAGAAUAGAUAUAACUUGUCGAAAAGUUAUGAUCUGAUAAUUUUACACGCUUCAUUUGCCACCAAGAAAACAUACAUGUGCCAUUUGCACUGCAUAUGUUAGUGUAAUGUCCAGUGCCGCAAAUGGGAAUUAAUAUGAUAAUCAGAAAGCUCAAAGUCCCCUGACUUCAUACUCGAAGCUGCGAGAACAAUGGCGUCUUAGUUAAGCCACUUUACGCAACAGUGCUCUGUAGACCUGCAGAAUACUCCAGAUGAUACAGAGAGGUACUCGGGACUCUUUGGAAAGGCCACUAAUGGGGUUUCCGAGUUGCGGUAGGGGAUGGAUGGGUGUACCUGUAUCGUACCUCUCAAGGAGGCGGGUUUUGCCAAGGAAUCCGCCUGGCCUGCGUGCCGGUUUGGCUGGCCGGACCACAUCUCUGGUAGCCUCGUAACAAUAAUUUAGACUGAUUACUGGUACGGCUGAUGCGGCCGUUUCUAAAAUGUGCAUUAUUAAAGUCAACAUAUUAAAUUAAUUUUUAAUACACUAAUAACACAUAAUAUUUCUUCCAGAAACAUGAACCUGUACAUUUUAUGUGCUUAAGUAACUGAAAGACAUGCAGUAGAGUCUAGCUAAUCCGGACGGAUCUAAAAAAAAAAUAAAAGAUGAAAAAAAGAAUGUUGUGACACAAGAAAAGAAGAAAAUACAAUUCUAAGAGAGGGUCGCUAACCCUUAGUUGCCGAAAGUUUUACCCACGUUUUCUGCUCAUCGUCUGUUUUUCGAGAAGUGACUCACUCUGUACUCGCGAGUUGUUUUGUUCCCUUCAGUAGGUGGUUACCUGUGCUGGUUAUAGGUUCUCGUGACAGUUAUUUUUAUUAGGUGCGAGUGUCUUAUUGUGUGAACUUAUUAAGAGCAACGUAAUGGCUACUAAACGUAAGAAAGUGACUGUAACAAUGGAGCAAAAAACACCACGCCUUAUUUCGUAUUGAUGCGGGUGAAUCAUUAACUAGAAUCGCGCAAGAUUUAGGAGUGGGAAAACAGACUGUUUCUGAUUGGAAAACAAUUUGGAAAAAAAUUGAAGAUUUUUGUGUGAAAAUGGUGAGUAAUGACAGUCUGAGUAACAGAAGCACGUUAAAAAAAAACAUAAAACGAAACUUUAGACGAGGCUUUGUACAUUUGGUUUUGCCAACAACGUGAACAAGGCGUUCCGCUGUCAGGCGUAACAUUACCAGCGUUCGCGCUCAAUCUCAAUGAAAAAUUAAAAGUCGACCCUGAUUUUACUGUCCGUGUGGGAUGGCUGACUCGUUGGAACGAUCGACAUGGUGUUCGUGAACUUAGUGUAAGCAAUGAAAUUUUUGUCAGGUGAAAAUAGUGCAAGUGAAAACUUCAAAGUAAAAUUUGAGAAGUUUGUUAAAGAUGAAACCUUAGAGCCUUGGCAAGUGUUAAAUGCUGAAGAAACGGGAUCAAAUUACAAAAUGCUUCCAAAAAAACAUUAGCCUCAAAGUUGGAUUCUGUAGCCAAAGGUCAAAAGGUAAAAAAAAAAAAAAAAAAGCGUCUUUGCUUACUUGUAGUAACUAUUCUGGCGAUUUGAAAAUUCCUCUUUGGUAAAAGCCUAGGACCCAUAAAAAUAUUAAUAAAAAUGCUCUUCCAGCCCAGUACACUUCACAAAAAUCGGCAUGCAUGGAUGGAACAAUUUUUAAAGCUUGGUUUUUUUAAGCACUUGUUCCUAUAAGAAAACAGCUUUUAAGAGACAGAAACCACCCAGAAAAAGAUGUGUUGUUAAUUGACAAUGCACCGUGUCACCCGAGUGAAGAAGAAUUACGAGAUGGUGAAAUUUUUGUAAAAUUUCUGCCACCAAACGUGACUGCUUUGAUACUACCUAUGGUUCAAGGUGCGAUUGAAGCAAUGAAACGGCGAUAUAGGAAAAAAAAUUGAUCAUGUCUCUUUUAGAGCAACAAGUAGCAGACCGUCAGCUAACUUAAUUAAAAAGUGACCACAAAGACUGUCAUUUACUUGGCUGCAGAAGCGUGGGAAGAAAUGAAGCCAUCAAAUCUUCAAAAAAGCUGUAAAAAAAUUGUGACCGAGCUUUUCAUAGGAAAACAAGGGACAAGACGAAACUCAACAAACUUCAUUUAGCUUUGAUUUUGUACAAGUUUUUCAACAGUUGGAGGGUUGUGCCAGCACGGAGGAGAAUGUAUCAGAGUGGAUGAACAGUGACAGCGGUAUUGGUCAUUAAAUGUUAACUGACGAUGAAAUCGUGGUGGCGUGCGUUGCAAACAAGGCAACUGAAAUAGACAGUUCGGAAGAUGACGACGAAGGUACGGAGGAAUCAGCUGGCCCAACUCAUGGCGAAGCUGGACUACAAUGCUGGAGGGAUUGCUGAGUUACUUUGAGAAGCAUAGCGACUCAUUGUCUGCUCAGCUACUGACCUUGAGGCGCCAACGAGAUUGCACGGCGAAACGACGGCAUUCUUCAAUGAAACAAAAGAAUAUUACAGACUUUUUCGAGUGAAUUGUAAAUGUUUUAAAUCUUUAAUAGUUUUAUACUAUUUAAUUACGUAUGUACAAUACAUAGUUUGGUUAAUAUGCACAUACAUAUGUACAUAGCUUUCUUAAGGUACUUUAUAAAGAAAAAAACGUUGAUUUUUAAUCAAUAAGGUUUUUUCUUUUGCCUAUAAAACUUGUUUUUGCUACAUUUUAAAGUUGUUUACGGUUAAUCCGGAUGGGCCCGGUCCCGGCAAGUCCGGAUUAGCGAGACUCUACUGUAUUUUACAAAAAGUUUGAGUAAAGGUAAAAAUGAUUCAAUAUCUAUAGUAUUAUUUUUAAUUAAGCAAAUUCAAUAAACUAAUUAGCCAAAAAGCAUAAGUAGCAUGUUACUAUAAUAUAAAAUAUAUGGCAAAGUUAAAGUCAUUUUUGAACAUUUGCCUUUUUCUUUCCCUAAAAUUAUUAUGUCCUGCGCCUUGCUGUCUUUAAAAAUAUAAGGCAGUGAUAUGACGUGGGCGAGUUAGGCAUUUCACGAGUUUGGAACUAAGGAUGAUGGGACUAGAGGGCUUGAUGAAAGAGCUUGAUAGAAACAGAGAUAAACAUACUUUUCAAACAGACAGCACUUUAAAUUAAUAUUCUGAUAAAAAAAUUUUAAUUAUAAUCCUAAAAUGUAGUUAACGCAAGUGUUUGUAAAAUUAGUGUUCAGUGCAGCUUUUAUUUUUUCAUGUGUGAAGAUGGCUUACUACCUUCACUAGCCUUCUACAGAGCCAGUGGCAGUUUCAGAAAUUAAAUAUAAGAAGUUAUUUGCUUAAUAAUAUGUUGUGCAAACUCUUACACAAGAUAAAAAUCUAUUGGAUACAACAAAUUUAGCUAAACUACUCUUCCACAUUGUCUGGUUGCAUCAUACACAACACGAUCGACGUGGCCCAGAUGUGUUCGUAUCGUUAGAUACAAAAAAACCUGCUCGUGGCAACCAAGUUAGAAAUCUAAAAUUUUAAGAAAUUUGGAUUUCAAAUUUUUCCAUUUAAAAAUAUCCAACCAACCAUAUUAAAAGUGUUUGAAAACCUGUUACACUAUCAAAACUUAAUAAUGGUCUGAGUGAGUUUAAACUUUUAAUAUUUUACUUUCUUUUGAAAUAAUAAUAAAACAUCACAGAGCAAGAUGGAAUAUUGUGACAUGUUAUUAUUUUUCAAGCAAUGCAAUUUUAGAUAACAUAGCUACCCAUUUCAUGAUAAAAUAAUUGUUACAAUCUUUAGAAGUUAGUGUGCCAUUUUUCACUUUUUUAUAGUAAAAUUACUUAGAGACAAACGUCACACAAACAUAAUUUUUUUAACCAAUUCAUUUGCUCUUAUAUACGCCAUGCGUACUUCGCCAUUUUAAAGAUUAGUUGUGAUGGAAACGUAAGCGAUUUUCGUUUUUGCUGGACAGGAUUCUGAUAGGCUGAUCCCACCAAUUAUACAGUAGAUUUUAGAAUCUAUUUUAUAAACAUAUAGUUUAAUGUAAACUAAAGUCAUUUAACUUACUUUUCCUAAAAACAUGGCCUUAUGGUGACGUUUUUAAUGUUGCGCCUAUAAGCCUCCAGCUUUAUUUUAUCAACAACAGUUGGAAACGAAAGUUUGAAAGCAUGAUGGACCCUUAAAUAGCGUAAUUGUGUCAUUAUAUCACCAGCUCUGCACCACCAGUCUUCUUUCCAGAUUUCACAUUUUGUCACAUCACCUAAUAUUGUGCACUACGAUGUAAUGUCAUUUUCAAGGUGAACUGUACGCGUUGCCUAGUGCCCCUCCACAGCGGCAUCCAAAAUGUCACUUUGCAAAUGACUUUGAAAUUUAACUGUCCCAAAACAAAGUGAGUAAAUUCUUUAAAAACUCUUAUAGUUGUCGCAAAACUGCUUGGUUAUUGUCCCAAGAAUCUGCACAGUGAAAUAUUUACACACAUGAUUUUCGUGGAUAACACAUCAUAAACUGCAAAAAAUAUACCUAUCAGGUUUAAAUAAAAUGAGAAAAUGAUUCUUGUUGCUAUAGAUAAAAGAACAAUCUUGAAUUAUAAAUUCCUCCUGCUCUCCCAUUCCACUUAAUGUUAUCUACAGGCAUAUAGGGGAAAGGGGGAGAGGUAUGGAAAGUGUAUAUUUAAAUUAAUCAUGGUGGGCAGGGGGUUAUGGUGGUAAAGACAUUUAUUACAUGGUGCCAUUUUGAAAAGUUUCCUCCUGCUCCUUAAUCUACCACAUCAAAGACAUCUAGGGCAGUGGCAAGUGGGUUAUCAAAAUGAGCGCGUUGAAGAGGGGGAUUGGGUGAUAACGCUGUCUGCUGGGGCUACCAUUUUGGACGGUCGUGUAGAUGGUUCUUACCCCAACUAUUAGAGUUCGCUAGCACUGGUAUCCACCACAAUCUUAGAUUGACAUCUGCUACUGACUAACAUCCUAGUGUACUGUCCAGUACACUUCCUAGUGUAAUAUUAUAGGGAUGGGUAAUGCAUAGCCGAACGGGAGUUUUGACUUUUGACUCGAGAGCGAGUAGAACUUGGCAUUGCGGCACAUGUAAGUACGGACUAGUGGAGGGGGGGGGGGAAGACGGCGAAGGCAUGGCACAGUAGCAGGAACUUGUGAGCAAGGUUAAGACAAAAUUAUCCAUGACAUCUGACUGACUUACAAUAACAAUGCAAGCGUCACUGAUCACGACACACAUGAUAAGCUUCGGUGACAUGACCUGAACGUGUCUUGUCUAACAGUUAAAGACAGCUGCUGAGUACCCCGUUAAACUCCACCUUGCAAGAGUGGAGUGGGUGGACUGCGGUGCCGAGACGCGGCACGGAGCAGUUGUUUGCCAACGAGUCCCGGACUCGUGGAAUGCUCGUGGCACACCACGGGUGUGGUCUGCAGUCCUGUCAGCUUCAAAGAGCUGAGGGAGCGAGUUGGUCCGAGAGCGACAACUUGUUCCAGUAACCACAAUUCAAAAGGCGAUUUGAAACUUGUACAUGGAUGUCCAGCAUGCGGGGCAGUUUUUAUGUUAAUGUUUAUGUUAACUUUUUAUGUUUAUGUUAACUUGUUAUACAUGUUAAUUUUCUGACAGUUUAAACUUUCAUUGUCAUUAGAAACAUGAUAUAUAUUCUUAUAUUUAAAGUUGCCAGUAAUUCCUAAGCGUGAAUAACGUAUAUAGUUCUGCUGCUUUUCUUUAAAUAAUGCCCGCUAUUUAUUAACUUGUAUAAGGGCUAUGUUAAAAUGUUAUUUUGCAGCAUUUUUGUGUGUGUUACAUUGGCAUACUGUAACGCAAAUUAAUGAUUUUAUCGGCACAGACUCAUGCUAUUUAUUCGUUCUUUUGAUAAGUGUUCAGGGGCUCACACAUAAUUUUUUUUAACCAUCCAAUGUAGUAAUUAUUUAAACAUUGGGCGGUCGGUCUGCCCGCUGCUAGUGCUACUGCGCUAAGCGGCCAGACUCGCCACGCCAUCUCACGCCCUGUUAGCAGCGUGUACAGUCUCCAGUGUUCCGUGCAGGGGUCGCGCCUGUGCUAUCCGCUGGCUCGUAUGCGCACGGACGCUUGGACACCAGCAUUGCAUUUCGAUGCGCCUCCGUGCCGAAGUGGCACGCGCCAGCAUACAUCGCCCCCGUCUAACACCACCUUCCACCUUCUGGGGACGCCCAAAGACCCAUCCACGCACCCGUGGUGCAGCCUCGGUGUGCCAUCUUAGGAUGCGCUAGGAAAUAUUCUAUGCCUCCCCUUCUUAUAGUCCUCACAUUUUCUGCUUGGGAGCGACACGUCCUGAGGCAUCAUCCAGUAGGACCUAGCUCCCACUCUUCUCUUCAGACCAGAUCUUAAGUUAGACAGCCCUAGCUUAACUUGGUGCUUGGACUGACAUCUUCCGGUGCUCUUACCAAUUAAGUGGGUCCCUUAGUAACACUGUUUUCCCACUUCUGAGCGCCACUUCCUGGGGAGGUAUGCCUUCUAUUUGGCCAUCUUCCCACACCACUUCUAGGCCUCUUUUGCACCAAGAAAUAACCCCUGCCUGCUCCUGAAAAAGCUGUCUGAUUUUGGUUUAAGUGUUAAUUAUUUUAAAUUGGUUUUCAAGUUAUCUUAACAAGAUAUAUUUUUUUUGUGUCCAUCAACAAUCAGAACUCUUCCUUGCACCAUGCUUGCUCGGGAAUACUGCAAGGAGCUACUCUAUCACCUCUCCUCUUCAAUUUAUAAACGAUAUUACCCUGGUUCUAAAUCACUUAACUGGUGAACUCUUUGCAGACGAUCUGAAAAUCUACAAAAUAAUAUGUAACCGCAGUUAAUGAUUGUUCACUUUUCCAGAAAGAUACUAUUGAAAUUAAUACAUGGUGUCUUCUAAAUUUGAUUGCUCUGAACAGUGACAAAACAAAGUUAAUAUCUUUCAAUUUUUUAAUUUCAAGAAAAUACGAUUCUGUAGACUAUAACUAUAAAUUAAAUAACACCCUUAUCUUCAAAUAUUUCAUUGUGAAAGAUCUUGACAUUCUUGAUUCAAAAUUAUAUUUCCACACGCAUGUUGAUUAUUUAUAUUCUACUUCAAAAAGACCGCUUGCUCUUAUUUACUUAUUACGCUACCAACUCAGAUUCAAUCAUCUCACUAUUUUUGGCAUUAAUCAGAUCUAAAUUAGAAUAUUGUUCAGUUAUCUGGAAUUAUAUCAAAAAGGCUGAUGUGGAUAAAUUAGAAAGUAUACAAAAUAAAUUGACUCAGUUAUUCAAAAAGAUUUUCUUCAUCCUAAUCUAACUCCCCUUGCAGAUUGCAGAGCCUAUUUGGAACUUGCUCUUUGUUCAUAAUCCUUAUAAUUAUAAAAUAAAAUGCAGUCAUUUUCUUGAUGAUACAGGCCUAAGAAUACCCCCAUUUAAUUCUCGCCUAUUUUCUUCAUUAUGUACUCUUUUUAACAAUAACAAUCUUAUUUAUACUCAUUAUGAAUUAUAAUAAACUUAACACGAAAUCCAACAAUUUAUAAACUUUAGUAUUUUAGGUAUACCUUUCUGUAAAACAAUUAUUUAUCGUUCUCAUGCUGUUGUUGUUAUUGUAUUGCUGUAAGUAACUUCUAAUAUUUCUAUAUUUAAAUUCUACAUCUCUUCAUAAUACCUUAAUUGUCUGAUGUUUCUAUAACUUUUGUCUAGUUGUCUGUUAUUUGAAUAAUUCAUAUGUUUAUAUUUCCUUUUUUACAUGUUAAUUCUUGUCAUCUGUGUUGUCUGUAAUUGUUGAAUUGGUGAUUUGUUUAUAUUUGUUAUCACUUCACAUCCUCAUGUGUUGGCCAUGUGUGUCUGUCCAGCCUGCUAUGGUGCAGACGGGUGGGAGUCCUUACAUUUGCAGUGAUAACCUUGUAAUUGUCCAGGUGUUGUGCCCACCAUAAAAGACUAAUGUCUGUCUGUGGGACUUUUACAACAAACAAAUAAAUAAAAAGUGUGAUAAAGCUUACAAUUGAACUUUAACGGCACAUUUGUAUUUUAAUGUAAUCUUGUGCACAAUAUAGUAGUGUUUUGAAAAAAAUUAAGAUAGACAAAUUGUUUUCCAACUUUUUUUAUAUAUGUGUUAAUGUUUACUGUAUGUUAAUGGUAUAUCCAACAAUGAAAAAAGAAAAAAGAAUUCAAACAAAAAAAAUUACUAAUGGUUCUGUGAGACCCAGCCCAUGCAAUCAUGUAAAUUUCUUUUAUCCAUGUACUGGCGGGUUAAUUUUUUUCAAACCCUCCAAAAUAAUAUUCUUCUUUAUCUUUAAAAUGACAUCAUGGAAAGAGUAUGGUAAAUUGAAAAAAAGGACUCAAUGUAUUUAAGUAUAUAUUUUCAAAUCUUAUACUUCAUUGCUUACUUUCAUGUCCAUUAUAAUAAACAAAACAGUACAAUGACAAACGAAUUAUGCAUUAAAAAUAAAAAAAUAACGUUUUCAAUAUCUUGAUAGUAGGAUUAUUUGAUAACAUAUUAUGUAAAUAUUAAAAAAAAUACAAUUACCAUCACAAAAAGCAUAGUGUCAGAUUCCAUGACGUAAAACAUUACAUUAUACACGGAACCAAUGGUUCAAAUUAAAUUGCAGAAACAGAGAAGGAAAGUGGGUGCAAACCCUAUGCUACUACCAAUUUGAUUGCAUCAUAAAAUUUUAGUGACACACACAAAGUGUUUCUGAAAGGCAGUAAUAAAUUUUACCCACAAUUCCUCUCUCCUUGUACAGAAAAUCAAAAAUUCUGCAAAAAAAAAAAAUGUGCCCAAAAAUGAUUUGUAUUGUCACAAGAAAUGCUGUAUGCUCUAUAGGAAGUAUUUGAAUAUUACAGAUAAUAUAUCAAA